UUCCAUUUGUUUUUUUUAUUUAUUUUUAGUUUUAUUUCUUAUUAUUUUUUUUAAAAAAACUCUUUUCCAUAUUCACAAUGUUUAUUAAAGUUAAGACUCUUACUGGCAAAGAAAUUGAAAUAGAUAUUGAACCCAACGAUACUAUUGCUCGCAUCAAAGAACGUGUAGAAGAAAAAGAAGGUAUUCCUCCUCCUCAACAACGUUUGAUUUAUGGUGGCAAACAAAUGGCUGAUGAUAUGACAGCAAAUCAUUAUACUAUUGAAGGUGGUUCUGUAUUGCAUUUGGUAUUGGCUCUUCGUGGUGGUGAUUAUUGAUUUUUUUUGUAGAUGGUAUACCUAGAAACUGUUAUUAUUAUUAUUAUUUACUCUACACACACACACACAUGCAAACAACAUAUAUACAUUCAUCAUCAGGAAACAUAUCUUACAAUUACAAUCAUUGAAACAACAGGAUCGGUUCGCGAUAUCAAUGGAUAUAGUAUAGCUUGUUUCUUUUUUUUUUCUUUUUGUCUUUUAUCUUCCCUUCUUCCUCUUUUAUCAUAUACUUCCCAUUUCCUCUCAUUUAUUUUUUUUUUUUUUUACUUCUUGUAAUAAAAACAGCUACAACAAUAUC